AGCCGGGCGUUCCCUAGCGACUCCGCGAUUCCUUUCGUUUCGAAAUCACCGCCAUGGCCGCGGACCUGACGUUGGCGCCCGCGAAGGUGGUGUUCCUGGCCACCGAGGCCAAGAAUGAGGAGCAGGAGAGACUUGCCUCCAUGUGCACAUCGGAAGAGCUACAGGCUCCUUGCGGCGGAGUCGGGGGACGCGGCCGGGCUGGCGAUGUAUCUGGACUUCGGGCUGAACCCCAACGCGCGGGACGGGUACGGGCGGACGCCUCUACACCUGGCGGCAUGGCUGGGGCAUGCCGCGGUGGUCGAACGGUUGCUGGCCCACCCCAAGUGCAACGUGAACGCCCUGGACGAGAAGCGGCGCACGCCCCUGAGCCUCGCGAUGCUGGAGCAGAGGUACUCCAGCCAGUCGAUUAAGGACGGCAAGGCGGAGGCUGCCGCCUUGCUGCGCAAGAGCGGGGGGCGCCGGGUGGCGCUGUACCAGAAGGAGUACCCGUCGGGGCCAGCGUGAGCGCGGCGCCGGAAAUCCGAGGAAAAAAAACGGGUUCCUGGACUUCUUUGAAGGGUCCCCCAUGUAUGUCUUUUCUUUCUACGGGUGUUCCCGUUCGCUGGGCCUUCGCUGGGCCAAAAGGCCAAAAGGGCCACCAAAGGGCGCCAAUAAGG